AAAUCAAAACAACAACAAUAACACAACCAUUGAAACAUAUUACUUUUGCGCGGGAGUUUGACAGAUGCAACUGCCUUUUGUCUUGUGUUUUAUUUUAUUUAAUUAGUUAAUGUUUUAUCAACGAUGUCCGGCGAGACGAGUUUAAGUGCCAAAUGGACGCGACCCGAUGAUUUUAUAAAGCUACAGCGGCUUAAACAAAAGAAGAAACAAUUGGCAGCACGUGUAAGCAGCAAUAACAACAACAAUAAACUAAUCGAGUUAGAUGAGAAUGAUAAGUGCAAGCUGCUGGAAGCAAAAAUAGCGCAGAAGCGCAAGAAUCCAUUUGCCAAGUCCAUAGAUGGCGCCAAGAAGCAAAAGAUCGACGAUCCCACAACAGCAACAACUGGCAGCGCAUCUUUAACGCCGCCCCAGGAUUGCUUUGUGCGUGAGACGCCAACACGUCCACAACCCGCCAAAUUGGUGCUACAGAAGUUCGAUGCACAAGCGUUUGCGAAGCUGUUGCAUCAACAGCAUGCCGCACAAGCUGAGGAAGAGGAUGACGCUGCGUUGGCCGCACGACAGAAGCAUACGACGCAUCUUCCUAUGGACUGGUGCCUGAAGACACGAAUACGUUUCUUCUGUCCCAGCGAACUGCCUGCCACGCAACUGAAGACCUCACAAUUAGCUAGCGGUCUCACAAGCUUUGUGCGCUGCUUCGACACAAAUCAUAGCGACAGUACUUUGGACAUCUCAGAUGCCACACGCUUCAAUCAGUGUACCUACUAUUGGCAACAUCCGCAUCUGCCUUGGCUCACCCUGUUUCCGCGCAGCGCCAAGGAGAACAAUGGCAUCACCAUUGGUGACAGGGAACGCAAAGCGCUUGCAGAGGAAUGGGAUUAUAGUUUUCGUGGUCUCUUCCAGCUGUUGCGUGCCCGGCAGUGUCCCUACUUUUAUUUGUGUGCCAACUCGUUUACGGUGCUAUUUCGUGCGGCUGGUUGUGGAGGACGUGCUGAGAUGCAUGCGCUAGUGACGCCAUCCACGCGAGGAAUGCGGAACGCACUGCGACAAGAGGGCAUCGAGUAUACCAUGCCGCUGAAGAAGGAUGUCAACGGUGGCAACAGCAGUUUAAAUGGCAGUUUAACAGAGGAACCAUCAAAUGAAACAAAGCCCAAAACUGAAGCAGAUGCAACAGGUGCUGGCAAGGAGCAGGAUGAGGAAGACGACGAUGAUGAGUGGCUGGAGAGUUUAGGCGUGGAUGAGCGCGAGCUGCGGCGGAUUCAAACAACGCAUGCACGCAAACUGCAGGCGGCGGAGAUGAGUGAGGAUUUCAGCGACAAUUCACUGCUGCUCAUAGAAGGCGUCGAGUGUCAGGGACUCUUCAGUUAUCUGCUCAAUGCCAAGAGUACGAUCACCAGCGUUGGUCGCUUGGCGGGGGUGCCGCCAACGUUGCUCUCUUCAGUCGCCUUUCCCAAGGCCACCAUGCAGCACUUGGUGCCACGCUCGAAGAAAGUGCGUUUGGAUGGUGUCGAUUAUCACAGCAUCGACAUCAAGGGACUGCUGCUGCCCACAUUCCUGCCCAGCGUUGCCGCGCUGCUCUGCGAGACGCGACAAAUGUUCAGCGCCACUUUGGCCAGCAGCUUGAAUACCUUGUCCUUCAGCAAGGCCACGCAGAAGCUACUGGAAUCAGCGCCCGAGGAAGCGCAAGUUGCUGGCGAGCAGGUGUUUGGCGAACAAAAUUUGUCGGAAUGCGGUCUACUGCCCUCUGUAGUCGGCUCCAUCUGCAGGACAGGCGAGCAUGCCGUGGGAUUGCUAGAGCGCGUUUGCUAUCAGCGUGGAGAAGGCUACGCUUGGAGUUGAAAUUGCGCAGUAUUUUGUGGUUUUGCGAGCUUAUCUUAAUUGUAUUUGCAAAAGAAGUAAUUAAAUGUCUAAUAGCUAUUUCUGUUUCCUAAA